AUGGAUCUGAGAUGGCUUAUACUUAUCACGUUACAAUAUGUGAAAUUAGACGAUGCAGGUGAUUGUCCCAUUGAGCACUGCAGACACUGUACAACUCCUAAAGAAUGCUCUGUAUGCACGUUGGGCUGGUUUGGAGAACAAUGUGAGCACAAAUGCAAUUACAAUGAUUCUACGUGUUCAAUAUGCAGUGAUUCAUAUCUCAGAAAAAGUUUCAAAAAGUUUGACAAAGAUUUUUGCUUUGGAUGUUCAAAAACUGAGUAUAUUUUAAACGGUACCUGUAAACAAUGUCCACAAAACUGUGACUCAUGUAUUGAUUUGAUUAAUUGUACUAAGUGUAAGACAGGAUACUUUGGAUCGUCAUGUCAGAAUGAAUGCCCUGUUAAUUGUGAAAGCUGUAAAUCUCCUGAUUUGUGUACCUCUUGCAAAAAUGAAUGGCAGGGUAGUUCUUGUCAAUGCAGUCCAAACUGUUUAAAAGAGGGAAAUUCGUCUGAAUGGUGCAAUGAGAAUGGGACGUGUACGAAAGGUUGUAUCAAAGGGAAAAGAGGAAGCAUGUGUAACUUAGAUUGUCUAGAGAGUGAUUCAUGUAUUGAAUGUGAUCAGUAUACUUAUCGAUGCCUAAAGUGUUCAAAUGGGUGGUAUGGGACAAUUUAUUGCAAUAAAACAUGUGGACAUUGUUUUCCUGACAGUAAAGGAGAUAUUGUCUGCAAUAUUGAUGGAGGAACAUGCAACAAUGGAUGUGCUGACGGAUAUUUUGGUCAAACUUGUAAUGAUAAGUGCGAAAAUUGUCUGGCUCAUACGCAAGACGUCGUGGUGAAGUGUAACAGUACAAGUGAAAAAUGUAACACAUCUUGUUUUAAUGGUUUCUUUGGUAAAGACUGUGAAAAAGAAUGCAGCCCAAGCUGUUUUGAUCCAAUAGCAAACACAAGCAAGUGUGACAAAGAGAGUGGCCAAUGUAUAUAUGGUUGUAUCCCUGGUGUGUAUGGUGAGAGAUGCGAUAUGAAUUGUAGCGUAUAUUGGUCUAAUACUACUUGCAAUCAAAGUACGGGCCAGUGUAUGAACGGGUGUAUUAAAGGAUGGUAUGGCUUGAACUGCACACUUGCUUGUAGCGAUACUUGUCUCAAUCAGUCGUGUAAUAUAUCGUCGGGGUAUUGUGAUGUCGGGUGUGAAUCUGGUUGGUUUGGGGAUAGUUGUCAAGACGCGUGCAGCAUGAAGUGUGCUAACAGAUCGUGCUCAAGAGAAUCUGGAUUGUGUGAUAAUGAAUGUUUAGAUAGUAUUAAUGGUACAAACUGUUUAAGAAGCUGUAUUGGAAAAUGCAAAGACAACUCGUGUGACAGACAUACAUCGUGGUGUAUACUCGGUUGCGAGACUGGAUACGAGGGGCUCUUUUGUAAUGAAACAAUGCAGACCGAUUUUGGUUCAAUGGUUAUAGUUACAAACGCUGGUAUCGCUGGGGCUUUAAUAGUGUUCUCGAUUUUCUUUGUAGUGUCCGUCGCCAUACGAUAUGCGGUGUGUCCACGACGAAGGAGAAAUAUAAACAAUUCCACAAAAGAAAAUGUUGAAUCAAUUUAUGACGAAAUUUGUGAGAAUACAGAUGAGAUGGCCAUACUUACAAAUUGUAUGAAUGAAGAUGUUGAUUUGGAUAUAAUGGUUGAUUCUCGACUCGAUAAUGCAAGCUUUUCUAGAUGCAAUACAAGCAGAGGUGACCAUUAUGGUAAAUUGAUUGACACAGGAACUCAGAACAAUGAGUAUACGGACCUGACAUAUUUAACAGUCAUGAAUUCAAGAACUCCCAUACCACAACUUCCUCCAAGAACUGCGGUAUCAAACGCACCAAAUGACGUUAUGGAUGAAGAUGUUAAUUUGGAUAUAAUGGUUGAUUCUCGACUCGAUAAUGCAAGCUUUUCUAGAUGCAAUACAAGCAGAGGUGACCAUUAUGGUAAAUUGAUUGACACAGGAACUCAGAACAAUGAGUAUACGGACCUGACAUAUUUAACAGUCAUGAACUCAAGAACUCCCCUACCACAACUUCCUCCAAGAACUGCGGUAUCAAACGCACCAAAUGACGUUAUGGAAGGUCUCUUAAAAAAUUGUGGCAGUAUCCGUCCAAUGGAUUUGAAUGAUAUCCCUCGUGCACUAUACGGCUUUAAAAAUUCUAUCAGUGAACAGAUAGAUACCCAGGAAUGUAAUUAUAUUGACAUGAAUAUGUCUAAAACCGAUGGAGAUUUUUUGACAAGGUCAAUGGAGAUGUGUAUUGGAAAACAGCAAGAUUGGAAGCAAAAUCGUCCUGAUUUAAAACUUUCAUCUAGCAACGAGAGUGACCAAAAUGAUUAUUUACACCCAAUCUGCUAGUAGUACUUGCUGUUUUGUAUGAUUCUGUUUGAUAUGUAAAAUACUUUAUAUUGUAUGAUAUUGAUGAACAAAUUGACCUAAAAUGUUACAUGACAGUUUUGAUAGUUAUUACGUGUUUUGAAGCACUUUUGUUAAACAUAUACUAUCUCUUGAAUUGUUUUGAAAUUUCAUUUUUUUUCUUCAUGUAUUAUCUUACAGUUUGUAUUAUAUAAAUGAAAAUAAAAAGCUGACAAUUCUACCGGAAAUAAUGCUUCUCAUGAGUGUAUGCCACCUCUGGACCAGCAACAUUGUUCAUCACAAAACAAUACAGACGUUGUUUAACAGGAAAAUAAAUAAGAUAGAAAGUAUAUAAUGAUUAAUUGAGUCAUGUUUGACAAUUAAUUUCCACUGCUCUAAUUAGUCAAUCUCUUAUCAUGUACAUAUCCUAUCUUAAUGAAACAUAAAUAAUAUGUGCUUU